CGCUAGCUGCACAUGGGACAAAACACGGUAGCAUAAUAUAUACAGCCGGAGCCUUUAUUUCUCAAGUUACAUUAGAAUUAAGUUUGUGUAGACAAGCGUGACUUAGAGACUUACUAAGGAGCUUGGGUAAAAAUCUAGGGACAACACAACUUUACUAGAGGACUGAUUUAUACUCCCCAAAAAAUGACAACAGUAGGCGUUCAACCUCCUCCCUCAGAGAAGAUACUCCCGAUGAAGAUGCCGAGUUACUCGUACCAGUAUCCGACUUUCCGCAGGGUACAGUUAGCGGCGGUGAAGGAAGGACUCUUCCACCCCAGGAUACCGACUUUCCGUAGAAUGGACAUGGAUACGGCGGCCCACAAGCUUCCGGACGAGCACUGUAGGACGACCACGGCUUGCGGCCCAGAGGACUUCAAACGCUCAACAACGACAUUGUUCGCCCCACCAACCAAGAGAUUAUCUGGCGCUAAUAUAACAGACACAGGAAGACAGUUACACAGGUUUUACACAACACCAGAAGAAAUCACUAAAACUCGUGGCGAGUGGUCCGACUUCCUGAACAAAUCUCCAGAACGUUACAACAUUCGUCUGCCGUCGUUGCCCGACAAGAAGGACCUCCAUUUUGUGGGCUAUGCCGUGAGGUAUCUGAAACCUGAGGUCACCGCCUCUUGGAAGUACACGCUGAAGCAAGAACCCAUGUUAGACCAGUACGGACAGAGACCCAUGCCAGCUAAUGUUUUCGCCCGUUAUAGAGAUACCUAUCCACAGUACAGCCGCAACAUUGCCACAGAAGCCUGGCGAUAAAACGCAUUAGAGAACAUAAAAAAGACUGUAUAAACAAUUAACAGCAUAAUCUUUUUUAUAUGAAACAAAACACUGAGGCUGAGCUUCAGAAGUGUUGAAUAUUCAAAACCACGCAAACAUACACACAUUUUUUUUAGAAAAAUGACGACGGGAAUUUAGUUUCGAGAAAUUGAGUUAGUUGCGCUUUUGUCGCAAUCCUGUGAUAUGGGAGAUUGCUCAACUGAUGUUGUUCAGCAUUUCGUACGCAUUCCGUCCAAUGUUGUUAUAUUACGAUAAGGGCAACCACCGAAUAUUCCAUACAUAUCAUAUAACAUUUAGGUGUAACAAGUAUCAAAACUGUAAAUCGCAUAGCUCUUAUCUUAGGGUAAUUAUUUUUAGCUGAGCAUUUCAUUUAUAAUAGAAUCUCUAGAACUAUCCUAAAUUCACUUUGCUCAAAUAUUUCAGCACGUGUGCCUUGCACAAUGCAUUUACCAUGGCGUGUCUUUGCUCAACCUGGAAUUAAAGGAAUAAUAAAACAUCUAACAACUCA